AUACCCUAAACACUGAAUGGGGAUUUCUUUUAUAUAGAUCUGUGCAUGUCUGUUUUUUUUAAGAAUGUUGUAGUAUAAUUAUUUCAACAAUGUGUUAAUUUUUUUGGUAAAUUUCUUGACAGUAGAUGAUGGUCAUGUGUUAUUUUUGUUGUUGUAUUGUAGAUGGAUAAGAGGACCAAGCUUUUAGUUUGUAUUGCUGCUACAAAUUUAUUGUUAUCAAUGAUGGCCAUGAUUAUUCGGUCUAGGAAAAGAACGAGAGGUUCAAGGAGAGAAGGUAUUAGAUAUGGCCCAAUGGCUGAAAGGGAUAGGAUAAGAAUUGAGUACCUAGAAACGAAAAUUUGGUUCAAUGAUACAACUUGUAUUGACAUGCUUAGACUUAGAAAAGGAAGUUUUUUUCGUUUUUGUAAGCUAUUUAGGGAUCGUGGUUUACUUGAAGAUACCAUCCACAUGUGUAUUGAGGAACAAGUGGCUAUGUUUCUGCAUACGGUGGGACAUAACCUUAGAAAUAGGUUAGUCCGCACUAAUUAUGGUAGGUCUGGAGAAACAGUAAGUCGUUAUUUUAACAAAGUCCUUCAUGCAAUUGGUGAGCUACGAGAUGAACUUAUCAGACCCCCCUCAUUGGACACUCCAACUAAAAUAGCAGGAAAUCCUAGAUGGGAUCCUUACUUUAAGGAUUGUAUUGGAGCUAUUGAUGGCACACAUAUUAGAGCCUCUGUUCGUAAGAAUGUGGAGUCCUCUUUUCGUGGUAGGAAGUCCCAUGCCACUCAAAAUGUAAUGGCGGCCGUAGAUUUUGAUCUUCGGUUUACUUAUGUCCUGGCUGGUUGGGAGGGGACAGCACAUGAUGCUGUAGUUUUAAGAGAUGCUUUGGAACGUGAAAAUGGCCUUCAUGUCCCACAAGGAAAAUUCUAUCUAGUUGAUGGUGGAUAUGGAGCCAAACAAGGAUUCUUGCCUCCUUUUCGUGCUGUCCGGUACCACUUGAAAGAGUGGGGGAAUAAUCCGGUGCAAAAUGAGAAGGAGUUGUUCAACCUUAGACACUCAUCCCUCCGUAUAACGGUUGAACGUGCAUUUGGGUCACUAAAGAGGAGGUUCAAAGUUCUAGAUGAUGCCACUCCAUUCUUCCCAUUUCGAACUCAAGUAGAUAUUGUUGUAGCUUGUUGUAUUAUUCAUAACUGGGUCAUAAAUGACGGAAUUGAUGAGCUUGUAGCUCCGUCUGAUUGGUCAAGUGAGGACAUUGAUGAAUCGCCAACUUGGCAAGCGAAUGACCAUGCAUUGAUGGUUCAGUUCAGGCAGGGUUUAGCUGAUCAGAUGUGGGCUGACCGUAAUAACCAUCAUGGAGUGUAAUAUGUAGCUAUGCAACUUGUAUUUCUACCUUAUUUGCUACAUUUCAUUUGUAUUAUGAACUUCUUUAUUUAUUUAUUUCGUGUGGACAGCUUGUUGUAGUCCAUUUGCCAAA